GCGGAUGACUUACCUAUGGUUUUUUUAUUUUGCAAAGUGGUUACCGCCGGUGCGCGUUUGUUGUUGAACAAUGUGAUAACGUGUAUAAGUAUAAUAUCGGCCAGUAAUCGUUUGUGUUUUUUGAGAAAUACGUUGUUUUCCUAAAGGUGUUUUUUGGCAAAAACGGUUUUUUUUGGAAAAGUAGUGAAUCGAAUUAUUGGUGAUUUUUUUCCACUAAAAAAAUCAUGCCUUACGCCAAUCAGCCGUCGGUGCACAUAUCCGAGUUGACGACCGAUUCGAUCAAGUUCCAAAUCGAAGACACCGACCUGAGCGUUGCCAACAGCUUGCGUAGGGUGUUCAACGCUGAAACGCCAACGUUGGCCAUCGACUGGGUCCAACUGGACUCCAACUCGACCGUGUUGAGCGACGAGUUCAUCGCUUCUCGCAUCGGCCUCAUACCGUUGACGUCCGACGAGGUGGUCGACCGGCUGCAGUAUUCCAGGGAUUGUACGUGCUCAGACUUUUGUCACGAAUGCAGCGUGGAGUUCAACCUGAACGUCAAGUGUUCCGAAGAGCAGACCAGGCACGUGACCACAGCCGACUUGGUCAGCAGCAACCCGCGCGUGGUGCCCGUCACGUCCAGGAACCAGGACAGCGACAUCAACGAGUACGGCGAGAAGGACGAUAUUCUCAUCAUCAAGCUGCGCAAGGGCCAAGAGUUGAAAAUCCGAGCGUUCGCCAAGAAAGGGUUUGGCAAGGAGCACGCCAAGUGGAACCCGACGACCGGCGUCAGCUUCGAGUACGAUCCCGACAACACGAUGAGGCACACGCUGUUCCCAAAACCGGACGAGUGGCCGAAGAGCGAGUACUCCGAACUGACAGAAGACCAACACGAGGGUGCGUACAAUUGGCGUGCCAAACCCAAUAAGUUUUUCUUCAACGUAGAAAGUUGCGGAUCAUUGAAACCGGAGAACAUAGUGUUGAUGGGAGUGGCGGCGUUGAAGAACAAAUUGUCGAACCUUCAAACUCAGUUCACUCAAGAAAUGGACGCGCUAGCGAUUAAUUAAUUUUAAGUAUAUUACAAUAAUAAUUAUAACGUUAGAUUAGAAAUUACCUGUUUUUUUAAAAGUCAAAUGUAUUAAAACUGAUUUUUUUUUCAUUUAAGUUAAGUGAAUGAAUAUUACUUUCCAAUUUUCAUAACAUAUUUAAAUUACAUAUGUGAGAACCAAAGCCAUUAAGGCUUUAUUUUACUUAUAAUAUAUAUUUUUAAUAAAACCUAUAAUUUGAA